CAUUCGUACGGUCACACGGGUAGCGGACAAGUUCGCGGCUAGCGCGGUGGUGUUGGUUGCAAGAAACUGUUUUGCCCUUCCAGGCAGUGGACAGUUCGUUUGUUCGAAGCAUCCACUGAAACAGCUGUGCUGGGUGCCGUUCAAGAGAAAGGUUGACGAACGAUUCGUACUAUUUGUGUGCUUUUGAUAUACAUAUACCGGUGUUCCGAUUCUCCCGGAACUGGUCGAAUUGCGUGCCGUUCCUUGGAGGUACAGUGUUGCAGAAGGAGGAGGUGGAGGAAAGCGAACAGAUACCCUCCCCAAACAUUUCAUUGUUUCGUAGGGCUUCCCCGAGGAGUUACUUGGUUGCGCUCCGGCGGUACCUAAACCCGGUGCGUAAGUGUGUGUUCUCGGGUGUCCAUUGUGCGUCUUUUCCCCGUGUUUUGUGCGUGUGUGUGUGUGUGUGUGUGUGUGUGCCGUACCGUACGUGUGCUGCUUUUGCGACGAAACCAUUUCCACCAAUCAACCGCCAACACACAACUCAUGUACUCAGACCACUUGCGGAUACACACAUACAUAGACGCGAGCAAUUGCAUUUCCAUACGCCGCUCGGUGCUGCAUCAUCGUCCCGCAAAACGCCUGCACGGGAGUCCCGUACAUACCAACCUUCAAAGAAAUUCCCGACAUCCAACGAGCUGCAACACACGAGCUUCGACGCGUUAUCGACGUGUAGCAACAUUCCAGACUCCCGACUAGAGGCCACUGUCCCAGCGGCCUGCCAAAACUACCGGUACAAAGAUGUUAGACUCACAGCUGGUGUGGGCACGCGAUAUACAGGAUGGCUACAUACAGGGACGCAUCAUCGAGAUCGGUGCGUCCGAGUAUGAGGUGCAGCCGGUGGAUGGAAAGCAGCCGAAACGGAGCUGUAUCCCGGAGGACAUCUUUCCCUCCUGCGAGCGACCCUCGGACAAUGAUGACAACUGCGAGCUAAUGUUUCUGAACGAGGCGACCCUGCUCGAUAACAUACGGAACCGAUACUACAAAGAUAAGAUUUAUACCUAUGUAGCAAACAUCCUGAUCGCCGUCAAUCCGUACAAGGAAAUACCGGAUCUUUACUCAAACGCAACGCUGAAGCGAUACAGCGGUAAAUCGAUCGGUGAACUUCCGCCCCACGUAUACGCAAUCGCCGAUAAAGCGAUCCGUGAUAUGCGCGUGCUGAAAAUUUCCCAAUCGAUCAUCGUUUCGGGCGAAUCCGGUGCGGGCAAGACGGAAAGCACCAAGUAUCUGCUCAAGUUCCUGUGCGAUUCGGUAGCCGCUGCCGGUCCGAUCGAGCAAAAGAUACUGGACGCGAACCCGAUACUGGAAGCGUUCGGCAAUGCGAAAACGACUCGCAACAACAACAGUUCGCGGUUUGGCAAAUUCAUCGAGGUGCACUACGACAAAAAGUGCCAGGUUGUGGGUGGCCACAUCUCCCACUAUCUGCUGGAGAAGAGCCGCAUCUGCACGCAGAGCGCCGACGAACGGAACUACCAUGUGUUUUAUUUGCUGUGUGCGGGCGCACCACCGGCAUUGCGCGAACGGCUUGCCCUCACUAAACCGGAUGACUACCGGUAUCUGUGUGGGUGUACGCAGUAUUUUACGCACCCUAACACUGAAUCACGCAUACCGGCGGGGUACAAAUCGCGCGUACACACUACGAAAGGACCACUGAAGGAUCCGAUACUGGACGAUUACGAAGAUUUCCGGCAGCUAGACGAAGCGCUUGGACGUUUGGGAUUGAGCGAGGCGGAACGGACGCAAAUCUACUCGCUUGUAGCGGCGGUACUGCAUCUCGGCAACAUUCGGUUCGAGGAAAAUCCGGAAGAUUCGAACGGUGGGUGCCGGAUUACGCAGGAUUCGCAAACUUCGCUAAAUGUGACCGCACGGCUGAUCGGGGUGGAUCCGUCCGAGCUGCGCCAAGCCCUGAUGUCGCGCGUAAUGAAGAGCAAGGGUGGUGGUAUCAAGGGCACGGUCAUUAUGGUGAUGCUGAAGGUGUACGAGGCGAACAAUGCGCGUGACGCAUUGGCCAAAGCCCUCUACUCCAAGCUGUUCGAUCACAUCGUGGCGCUCAUCAAUCAGAACAUUCCCUUCCAGGCGUCUAGUUACUAUAUCGGUGUGCUCGACAUCGCUGGUUUCGAAUAUUUCACGGUUAACUCGUUCGAGCAGUUUUGCAUCAACUACUGCAAUGAAAAGUUGCAAAAGUUUUUUGACGACAACAUCCUAGCGGCGGAACAGGUUCUGUAUGCGCGCGAGGGUCUCAAUGUGCCGGAGAUUAAGUACACCGACAAUCAGGACAUUAUCGAGCUGAUUGAGUCCAAAUCGAACGGUAUAUUCACGCUGCUGGAUGAAGAAUCGAAGCUGCCGAGACCGUCGUACGCACAUUUUACGAACGAAGUACAUUCCGCCUGGAACGGUCACUAUCGGCUAUCGUUCCCGCGCGCUUCCCGACUCAAAGCGCACCGUUCGUUGCGCGAUGAUGAAGGUUUUUUGGUUCGCCAUUUUGCUGGUGCCGUGUGCUACAAUACGAACCAAUUCAUCGAGAAGAACAACGACGCGCUCCAUGCGUCCCUGGAAGGGUUGGUGCAGGAGUCGGAAAAUGCGUUGCUGAACGCACUAUUCAGUGGCGGCGGCAAGCUGAUGAACGUGGGCAAGCUUUCGUUUAUUUCGGUCGGUUCAAAGUUUCGGUCGCAGCUAAGCGAGCUGCUGGAGAAGCUGCGCAGCAACGGCACGAACUUUAUACGCUGCAUCAAACCGAAUAGCCGCAUGAUCGAUCACGAGUUCGAGGGUAGCCUGGCGUUGGCACAGCUCAAGUACUCCGGCACCAAUUCGGUGCUGGAGCUGAUGGAGUACGGCUACCCGUCACGCGUGCCGUUCAACGAGCUGUACAACAUGUACAAGAGCUACCUGCCGCCGGAGCUGGCGCGGCUACCGCCGCGUACGUUCUGCGAGGCAAUGUUGAUGUCGCUGAAACUCAACUCGAACGAGUUUAAGUUCGGUAUCACGAAGGUGUUCUUCCGGCCGGGCAAGUUCGUGGAGUUCGAUCGGAUCAUGCGCUCAGAUCCGGAGAAUCUGAAGGCAAUUGUGGCGAAGGUGAAGAAGUGGUUGAUCCGUUCGCGCUGGAUCAAAUCGGCGUUCGCAGCGAUAUGCGUCAUCAAACUGAAAAACCGCAUCAUCUUCCGAAACAAAUCGGUUGUAGUGCUACAGAAAGCGGUCCGUGGCUAUCUGGUGCGCAAACAACACCAGCCCCGCUACCGGGGCAUCAUGAAGAUCAAGGCCGUCGAGCAUAAUUUGCAGAAGAUGCACGCGAUUGCGGAGCAGCUGAAAACGGAUCGCGAAAAGAUGCAGGCCAACAUUCGUGACGUGCAGGCGAUGCUGAAGGUGGCGAUCGAGAAGAUACGUAACAAUCCGAAGAUAGGUGCGGCAGCUAUCGAUCGCCAGUACGCGGAAAUUAUGCAUAGCAUCGAUACGAACAUGAAGCUGAUCAAUGCGCGCCUGCAGGAGCAACGCAAUGCCGAAGAGCAGGAGCGACUGAACAAGAUAAAGCUCGCGCUGGAAGCUGAGCGUCGUGCCAAGGAGGAAGAAUUGCGUCGCCUCAAGGAGGAGGAAGAAAAUAGAAAAAAGAAAACGGAGAUCGAGGCACGCCGCAAGGAGGAGGAAGCCAAACGCCUCCGGCAGGAAGGCGAAGAUCGGAAGGCUGCCCUUGCCCUACAGGCGCAGCUGGAAAAGGAAGCGCAGGAAGACAUUCAGUAUCGGCAGCAACUGGAGCAGGAACGGCGCGACCACGAGUUGGCCCUCCGGCUGGCUCAGGAAUCGAACGGACAAGUCGAGGACAGUCCGCCUGCGUUGAGAAACGGUACGCCAGAGGUCACGCCAUUGGGCAACGCAAACCGAUUGAUAAGAUCGGAAGCAAUCCGUGCUCAACAGCAGCUGGUUGAAAAGCAGAAGCACGAUCUAUCGAAAUGGAAGUACUCGGAGCUGCGGGACGCGAUCAACACCAGCUGUGACAUCGAGCUGCUGGAGGCCUGUCGCCACGAAUUCCACCGCCGACUGAAGGUGUACCAUGCCUGGAAGGCAAAGAACCGCAAGCGCACGACGAUGGACGAGAAUGAGCGGGCCCCGCGCAGCGUCAUGGAAGCGGCGGCACGUUCCGGUCCACCGAGACUGACGCCGAAGCAGGAGAUCGUACCGACCGGAAGCGUCCAUCGCUACUUCCGCAUACCGUUCGUGCGACCAACCAAUGGUAGCGGCCCGGAAGUGGGAACCGUUGCCGCUAAUGCGGACGACAGCAAACGCAGCUGGUGGUACGCCCACUUCGACGGUCAGUAUGUCGCCCGGCAGAUGGAGCUGCACACGGACAAGCCGCCGAUUCUGCUCGUGGCCGGUAAGGAUGACAUGCAGAUGUGCGAGUUGAGCCUGGAAGAAACUGCACUGACACGCAAGCGUGGGGCAGAAAUCCUGGAGCAUGAGUUUAAUCGCGAGUGGGAACAGCACGGUGGCAAACCGUACAGUCGAUUGAGUCCAAGGAAGUAGUAGUAAUUCCACCGGUAAUGCGGUACGCAGGAAUACUGGAUUUUAGCUAAAUUAAUGUCCAACCCGCUGGACGAACACACACACACACACACACACACACACACACACACACACACACACACACACACACAGGCAGGUGCUUCCACCCGGGGCCAAUGUAUAUGGAUAUACAUACACCUUGCCCGGGGCAAGCCCGUGAUGAUUUGUGGCGCGACAUUCACUAACACUUGACGUAUUAUUAAUCAGUAUCCUUUAUUCCUUUGAUUACUUUCCACCAUUAUUACCGUAACUUUUACUACGCGAAUGGAGUAUUGUAUUGAUGUAUUACUAUUAUGAUUAAUACUAGUAGUGGUAAAGGUGCGAUUCCGGAUGAAAAAACAUAUUCUCCGGAACAUUCUUCCAUCCUCUUUCUCGCUUUCUCUCUGGCGAGAGAAUUUAGUAUGCCUUUCCAACUGACCAUUUAAACCACGUCUUCGGUCACUUCGUACAGCACCAUGCGCCAAACCCCUUACCACGGUUGCUAGCAAAGAGUAGAAAUCUUCCAGUUGCAUUCUUCUAAUUCCUACAACUUCCCAAUAACGCCUAGCUAAAACGGUGCUAUUUAAAUACAUCCCUUCCAACCACCUUACCGUAUUGUGCACUAUGCACUGGAUUGGAAGGUGUAGCUCGCUUGGAAAUGGGACAACAAUUGUGAACAUUUUAUAGACUUGUCGUGCAAAACGAUUUGCAUUCAUUCCUUACGAACACUUACACCAAGUUUCUGUACGGUGCGUGUAUGCGGUGUCUUGGUUAGGUGCCUUUUUAACAGUAAACGAAACGAUAAUUAAUAUAAAUAAAUAAUAGAUAUGUUACAAUGGUUUGUGCAAGCAAAGGAAGGGCCCCGAUACGACAAAAACCUGCAAACUCCAGGAUUCCGUAAUGCAGGAAUUGGAAUUCGCGUUGGUACAAGAAGAAGACGAAGAAGCGUGAGAUGUGUGUAACUAUAUGUGUGUUUUGCGUUUUGUGAGGAUAAUCAAAAAGAUGAACAAAAGAAGAGAGGAAAGUAAAAAAACAUAAAAGCAAGAGAAUUUAAACAAAAGGAGAAAAAAAAGGAAGCAACUAAUAACGUCUAACGUUUCCCCCCCCUCGAGACUGGUUUUUACUGCUACUUGCUAUUGAUCAACAUUUAUUAUAUUAUAAUUAAUCUAUAUGGAUUUACUUGGCUGAAUUGAGAUGAUGAUACAAAACCAGAAUUUAAUAGGAGAAUUUAUUUUGAAUGCUAUAUUUAAAAAUGCAUAAAAAAAACUACAACCGAAGGCUAAUACUACAAAUAAAUACAAACCGAUAUGGGUGAUUUCAAAACAAAAUAAAUGCGGUUGGGGUGUUACAAA